GGGGGGAAGCAAUUACUGCGUCAAGCUGGAAUUGUUUCUUAUCUUUUUGCCCUUGUUCGCUUCACUCCAUACCCCCAAAGUUUGGUGGUAGUCGUCGUUAAUGCCCGCCCCCUCUCUUUAUUUCGCUUUCUGCUGCUGUUGCUGCUGCUCCUCCACCUCGAGAUCUCGUCUCCCUUGCUUCUGCUUUCUCUCGCUCGACGAGCCCGUGGAUCUGCUACGGAUCCCGCCGCGGGCUUAGGGUUUUAUGAGCCGGCCCCGCCGGCACCCUCCUCCAGCGGCGGCGACGGAGAGGAGCCGUUUCGGACUCGGGGAAUGGGGGAUGCCGGGCUCCGGAGAACGCAGGAAUCCUUCUGAGGGAUCGAGAUGUCGGGGCUACUGAUGUGUCUGCUCUCUCUGCUCCGUUUGGCGUCGAAUGAUACUGGAAUGCAUACGGUAAUAAGCCAGGCAGUGACUCCAGCAAACACACCAAGAGCAUGGAAUUUGAAACAUUUGGGUCCGGUACCUGCUCCAUCUGUCUCACCUGAACAUCAUGGAUCUGUCUCAAGUCAUCAUGUGUUGAAACAUCAUAGACAUUUGCCUCCUGCUCACCCACCAACCUCAAUUACACCACCAGAAACACAGGGUUGUGAAAUAUCCUGUUCUGAUCCACUCACUUCAACCCCAAUUGGUUCACCCUGUGGAUGUGUAUACCCUAUGCAAGUUGGAAUUGAUCUUGGUGUAGCACCAUAUGAGUUAUUCUCUAGAAUUGCUGAGCUUGAAGUUGAUGUUGCAGCUGGCACAUUUCUGAAACAAAGUCAAGUGAGAAUAAUGGGUGCCAGUGCUAGCAUUAAGGACGCAGAAAAGACAACAGUUAUCAUUGACUUGGUACCUCUAGGUGAGAAAUUCGAUAAGAUGACUGCACUUCUGACUUAUGAAAGAUUUUGGCAAAAGAAGGUGCCGAUCAACAUGUCCCUUUUUGGUGACUAUAACGUGUUAUAUGUUCAUUAUCCAGGACUUCCUUCACCACCACCUUCAGUUGAUGAGUCAUCGGGUCCAAGUGGGAUUGGGGGUCACCAAUAUCCUCUCACAGCAAAUAUUUCAAAUCACAAGUCACAGAAACUGAACGGAAGAAUAAUCGCUAUAAUUGUAUUAUCUUCAUUCAUACUUCUAGUAGUAUGUUCUGGGUUAGUGUGCAUGGUUUUGAGAUCAAAGAAGCUUGGAAAAUCUUCUAAUUCUGUUGGACCCACAAUUACAUCCUCAGCAAUCAGAAAAACAGGUAUCAGGUCUAUAUUAUCAAGUAGUUUAGCUAGCUCCAUGUCAAUGUCCUUUGUUUCCAACAUGGCUACCUGUCCACCUUCAGUGAGAACAUUUUCAGUAACUGAGCUCGAGAAAGCUACAGAUAAGUUCAGUUCUAACAAGAUUUUGGGAAAGGGUGGAUUUGGACUUGUUUACUAUGGUGUCAUGGAUGACGGAAUUGAGGUUGCUGUGAAGUUGCUUACCAGGGAGGACCAGAGUGGGGAUCGGGAAUUUAUUGCAGAAGUGGAGAUGCUUAGCCGGUUGCAUCAUCGCAAUCUUGUUAAGUUGAUUGGCAUAUGUAUUGAAGGGGGAAUUCGAUGUUUAGUAUAUGAAUUUGUUCGAAAUGGAAGUGUUGAGUCCCAUCUUCAUGGUGCUGAUAAAAUGAAGGGACCUCUUGACUGGGAUGCUCGGAUGAAAAUUGCCCUUGGUGCAGCAAGAGGACUCGCAUAUCUGCAUGAGGAUUCCAACCCUCGUGUUAUACAUCGUGAUUUCAAGGCCAGUAAUAUUCUACUUGAAGAUGACUUUACCCCCAAGGUUUCAGAUUUUGGAUUGGCUAGAGAAGCAUCAGAAGGGGUUCAUCAUAUAUCUACUCAAGUUAUGGGGACUUUUGGGUAUGUUGCCCCAGAAUAUGCGAUGACAGGUCAUCUACUUGUUAAAAGUGAUGUUUACAGCUAUGGGGUGGUUUUGCUGGAGCUUUUAUCUGGUAGGAAGCCAGUGUAUAUGUCUCAGUCUCAAGGACCAGAGAACCUCGUUACUUGGGCACGUCCUUUGCUUACUAGCAGGGAAGGCCUGGAGCAAUUGAUCGAUCCAUCAUUAGGUGGAAAGUAUGACUUUGACAAUAUGGCAAAAGUAGCAGCAAUCGCAUCCAUGUGUGUCCACUCGGAGGCAUCUCAAAGGCCGUUCAUGGGGGAAGUUGUGCAGGCACUGAAGCUAAUAUGCAAUGACAUGGAUGAAGCUUGUGACAAUUCUAUCAGCCAGAGGGAGGAAUCAUUGGGUACAGAUGGUGAUUUCAAGGGAGAUUUCGACAGCGAGAGCAGUUGGUGGAAUGGUGCAACACCACGCAUAACCUACGAUGGUGCUACUUCUUUUGUGACCAUGGAGUACAGCUCAGGACCAAUGGAGGAAAUGCAGAGACCCCAUUCGACAUCUACUUUGGUCGGGGGGAUAGAAAGUUUGGUCAGACCUAACAGAUCUGGUCCUCUAAGAACAAAGAGGAAGAAACAACCCUUCCACAGAUUGAGAGGGAGUAUGAGCGACCAUGGCCAUCCUUAUGCAGUCUAGGUCCUGAUGGCCCUUGAGUUACCUUUUACAGAUCGAGAGGGAUCACAAGCGACCAUGGUCAUCCUCAGUCUGUCAAGGGAAAUUUACGUUGUCGAUUUUUACUUUAAGCUGUACAGUUCCGAGAGGCAUCUCUUGUUGCAAGUCAUAACAUGGUGUCCCCUUCUGUGUUAUAUCGAUUCGUUUAUUGUGGCUCGAGAAAUGUUUGUGUCUAAUGGUAUACGAGACGGGCCUUGCUAUUUACGUUACACUGGUAUCCUUGCUGGUAGCUACAAAUUUGAACUGUACCAGUUCGUUUUCCCCAA